AUGAGUAAUCUUAUGACGCCAUAUUAUAAUACAGACCUAAUAAAAUUGAACGCCUGGUGUUUUCGUCAUGAACCUAAUCGAGAAAAUCGUUUGAAUAAAGUUCUUUCAUUCGAAGGUUUCUCACGCUAUCUUUUGGAUAAAGAUAAUUAUGCAUUUAUUAAUGAACAUACUAAAGUCAAUGAACAAGAAAUGAAUUAUCCAUUAUCAUAUUAUUUUGUAGCUUCAUCUCAUAAUACAUAUUUAACAGGACAUCAAUUACGUGGUGAAUCUUCAGUUGAAAUGUAUCGUAAAGUUCUUUUAUCGGGUUGUCGUUGUAUUGAACUUGAUUGUUGGGAUGGUGAUGAUGGUUAUCCAGUUAUUUAUCAUGGACGAACAUUUGUUAGUAAAAUUUCAUUUAAAUUAGUUGUUGAAGUUAUAAAUGAAAGUGCUUUUCUAACAUCUCCAUAUCCUGUUAUAUUAUCAAUUGAAAAUCGUUCAUUAAUUCAACAAUCACGUAUGGCACAAAUAUUUGUUAAAAUAUUUGGUGAUAAAUUAAUAAUAAAAUAUAUGUUUGAUACUGAUUUUAAUGAAGAUUCAUUAUUACCAUCACCAAAUCAAUUAAAAUAUAAAAUAUUAAUUAAAAAUAAAAAAAUAACUAAUAUUUAUUCAACAACACAAAUAGAAAAACAAAAAAUUCAAUUAAGUGUUAAUUAUAGAAAUUCAGUUUAUUCAUUACCAGAUGAUAAUGAAGAAGAUGAAGAUUCAGAUGAUGAUGAACUUAUUGAUGAUUUUAAUUAUGAACAAUAUACUAAACGAGAAUCACAAAGAUCAAAUUCAAUGACUGAUUCAUCUAUUUAUCAUUUUAAAAAAGAAAAUAUUAAUCAAAAUGUUUAUAGAGAUAAUGAUGAAGAUUUAUCAUAUCGACAUCGUCGUGAUAGUAUUAUGAAUAAUCAACCACGACAACGUUUGAAGAGUACUAGUUCAAUUGAUAAUAAUCAUAUUAUUAAAACAAAUAAAUCAGCUAUUCUUAUGCCCAAAAUACCAACUAUAUUAGUAGCAAAAGAUUUAUCAGAUAUUAUUAUUUAUACACAAGCUAUCAAAUUUCGAGGUUAG